AUGUUUGGACAGUCAAAGCCCGUUUUUGGGACCUCACCGUCCACCUGUUUCGCUUUUGGCUCCUCUCCGUUUGGCCAAGCGUCAGCAAGUCAACCGACAUCUGGCCUUUUCGGACAGCCGACUACGUCGACUCAGCAGACUAGUAUGUUUGGAGGCUCCGUAUUUGGAGCCACUCCCACAGCCAUCCAAGGGACAACUGUGAAAUUUAAUCCUCCGAUAUCGACAGAUACUGUACAGAAAAAUGGGCAAAAACUCCAAGUUAAUACGAAACAUAUGUGUAUAACAGCGAUGAAGGAAUACCAAGAAAAAAGUCUUGAGGAACUUCGUGUCGAAGAUUAUCUUCAAAACAGAAAAAGCGGUUCAGGUGGCGGUGCUGCCGGUUUUUUUGGAACUGGGCCUACUUCAUCAUUUGGUUUUGGUGCCGUUAUAACUACGACCGCGCCAUUGUUUGGUUCAGCUCCAACCGCUCAGACGGCGCCGUCAUCUAUAUUUGGUUCUACCGGUGGCACCGGGACCUCGAUUUUCGGUUCACCGCAACCUAUGAACUCUUUUGGGCAAAAUUCCAUAUUUGCCUCAAAUCCAACAUUUGGGGCUCCAUCCACCACAACUUCAUCAUUUAGCCUCUUUGGGUCCCAGCCCGUUUCCAGUCAACCUGGGGGAUUUGCAUUUGGCAAGUCUACAGGCACAAGUAUCUUCGGGACGACCACGACAACUACCCCAAGUUUAUUUGGCUCUCCACAACCCGCUACUCAGACCUUGUCUUUUGGUCAGCCAGCAUCCUCCCAAUCAGGAAGCAUCUUUGGAGGUGUCAAGUCAGCAGGCACUUCUAUUUUUGGUUCUGCGGCUCCAACUACUACUGCGUCUGCAUUCGGUAGCGGUUUUGGCACUGGAUUCGGAACUAAAGCGCCAACAGCCUCUGUUGGUCUCUUUGGAACCACACAAACUGGCCCUACAGGAUUCGGACUCGGGACCACAGCCACCUCAACUGCCCAACCUGGACUUGGUACAAGUUUAUUUGGUGCAAAGAAACCUUCUCCAUUUGGUACACCUGCCAGUGGCGCUGCCCCAAGUUUCGGAUUCGGAGCCACCACAAGCACUUCUGGACCGACCACUAACAUUUUUGGAGGCACAACUGGUUUUGGUCUCGGUUCUAAUUCUCAGCCUGCACAGCCUGUGGGUGGGAUAUUCGGUGGCACAAAUACCGCACCUGCGGGUGGACUCUUUAGCAAACCCACAGUGACAGGGUUUGGUCUCAGUCAAAAUAACUCCUCAACUUCUAUCUUCGGUGCAUCUUCAGGUGCUGCGACGGGAUCCGCAGCAGGCAGCAUCUUUGGAGGUGGUUUAGGCACCACCCCCACAGUCGGCUUUGGGGGUGUGACUGGGACCAACAGCACUGCCUUCGGUACUACCUCUGCCCCGAAUCAAACUGUAUUGGCACCAUUAGUGGAACAGUUGACUCAAAAUGCAAGAGCUCAACAGCAUGUCCUCGAUUUGGUUCGAAGCAUGCCCUACGGGCAGUCUGCUUUAUUUAGACACCUGACGGCCGAAUCAUCCUCACCUUCAACAGCACCAACAUCUGCUUCAGCACCAUCUGCAAACUCCACGGCGAAGACUUCUGGCGUAUCGGUACUCUCUGGCUCAGCAGCGGCAAAUACCAUUGCUGAAAUGCACAAGGCGAAUUCGCUUUCGGUAGGCAGCUAUCCCGGGCGUAUUGGCAAUGGCCUGGCCACUCGAAGGCCCAUGCAAAUAUUGCCUGUUAAUCGAAGACAGCUUUUUACGGGUUUCCAUGAGGAUGAUGCACUAGUGUUGGCUCAGUCGCCGAUUCCAGGUGAUCGUAAGAAUUGCACGACGAAUGACUCCACGAGCCGGUUUUCAGCUGGUCCUGAGAACCGUUUCUUCGUUCGUCGCGAAGCCUGGAAGCAUCUAAACAUACCACGUUGUGUCCGAACUUCCAUAAUCGAACGUUCCUCUAUGGUGGCGUCAAAUUUAGAGCGACAGGUUGACGAGAACGAGGAGUCGGUAUCUCGUGGAGAAUGCCCGCAAAAACCAUUGCGCUUGAGUACUGGGGCCGGUGAUGCUACACCUGGCCCAACGUCGGCUACAAAAGUGCAGUUUGUAGAUUCGACAUCAAGUACGCCCUUCCCUCCACGGAAGCCCACUAUCAACGAAAAGCAGGAAACUGAAAGUAAGCAAAUUUCGCCCAUACCUACGUUAAAUCCAAAAUCUACCAGCUCCAACAAUACUUGUGAGCAGUCCGAUGCUGGUAAUUGGACUCUCCCGCCUGAUGUGACACUCAAUCAGACCACCCUGGCUGAACCUAAUGCCGAUGAUGGUGACUCAUCUCCUGUGUGCACAGUAAAUAAGGCGGGCAUUUGUCUUUCCAAACCGGGCUACUACAUUUUCCCUACACUUGACGAGCUGGAUGAUUUAGUUGAUGAAGAUGGACGCUGUGUAGUUCAGGACUUUGUAAUCGGUAGACAGUCUUACGGCCAUAUCCUUUUUCCCGGCCUGACUGACAUUACAGGAAUAAACUUUGAUGAGGUGGUUCACAUUCGCCGGCGCGAGGUUGUGGUCUAUCCAGACGAUACAACUAAGCCACCGCAAGGCUACGGCCUCAACAGGAAGGCCGAGAUAACAUUGGAUGGCGUUUGGCCGACUGAUAAGUCUACUCUCGAGUUUAUCAAGUCGCCCCAACGCCUUGCUUCAAUUCGCUUCGAUGAGCGUCUCGAGAAAGCCACCCAAAAACUAGACGCCAGUUUUAUCGAAUACCGUCCAGAAACCGGGUCCUGGGUGUUUGAAGUGAAGCACUUUUCCAAGUACCGACUUGAGGACUCGGACGAAGAAGUUGACCAUGUCCGUUCGCCACUAAAUGCUCCCGACAAGAGCCGGUCUGUGCACCAGAAAGAUCGCCAGCUGUCAACGACUGUCGUAGGUGAUGCUGUUGAUUCUCAAGGCGCAAUCACUUCUGAGAAAGAGCAGCAGCCGCGGUAUUUCUCUUCUGGUCAAGAUUUCCUUUGGCAGGCCCAGACCGUUUCGCCUCAAUUGCUGCAGCCAACGCAGGCUUUUCGGGGCGUCAGGGAUUCCCUUUUCGACGCCGGCAGUCGAUUCAGGGAAGAAAACGAAGAUGGAGUAGACGAGGAGGAAAGCGAUUUCCGCCGGCACAUUCAGUUUGAAAUGAUCGAUAAAUCGCCUCCACUCGUGGAAUUUGAAGAUACUACCAAAAGAUUACCCGAAGUCGAUGAAGCUCAGGCCUAUGCUGAAUUCGAAACUCUUCAGUCUGUUCACAAUCCAUUCCCAUCCACUGGUCCCGCGAAGAUUUCGCCAUUGGAUAAAGGUUUGGUCUGCACUCUCCCUUACGACCGUAUUGGUGAACUCAUUAAUUGUCUUUCCAAAGGAGACGUUGCUCGACUUUCCUGGAGCUUUCUACGUCUAAGUGGACAGCCACCCCAGCUCACUUUUCUCACAGCCAAUCCCAAUAUGGAUCCUCCUGUCACGGUUGUUGCCAAUUCCAUCCCUUCUAUCUCUGACGAGGAUGAGGAAGUGCUUCUGAACUCUGCUCUACUAACCUCUACUCACACGACGGCUGAUACGGACUCCUCUGCGUGUCCCAUGUUUUCUCCUGAUAUCGGACCCCAUGUCCUCAACUCGUACCUCAGUUGCACUGAUCAGUGGGAUCACAAUGCACAACCUCGUAAGGUAGCAUUCAGACGGGCAUUGCUUGUCUGUCAAGCCCUGUGGGCAGAUCCUCAUUGCUGUACGUCAGUAAUUGAGGACACCUACCACGAGGCCUUGGGGUUGCAUAAGUACUUUGUCGAAAGGCGCCAAAAUGAUUAUAAAGGGGAGCCGAUGCAGACGGACUGUGAGGAGAGCGAUGUGAAACGGAAUCCACACCACUACACGGUCUCGGGCAUGAAAAGCCUCGUCAGAAGACAGUCUGUCGCAGAAUGGAUCAGGGUCGAAUUGCGUCCAUAUCUGGAGUCUCGCUUAAAGAGUCUUGGCCUCGCACACUUAUUUAAGGCCAAAGCUUCGCCACAUUCAUUAUGGAGCCUCGGUGAUAAAGUGCCUAAAUCCUCCGUUUUUGCAGGCAUUUUCGCUUGCUUGUGUUGCGGGGAGCCGGCCAUUGCAUGUCGCCUUGCACUUACUUGCCGAAUGUCCCAUCUCGCAAGUUGUCUCUCAAUGGCCGCUCUUUGUGAUCCUCUCUGCAAACAAAGUCUCAAGAAGCAACUCCAAAUCUGGAAUGAACUCAAGGUGUUGCCUUUCAUGCCUCAGGACAUUCUCCGGACAUAUGCUCUUCUUGCGGGAGAGAUUAAGGUGUCAAUAACAGGGGCUGAUGCUAAGACUGUUUUGAACGUGCUUGCGGGAGUCCCCUACCUUCAAGCCCUCGGCAUACACCUAUGGUACUUGGUGGAUCAUUCAAGUGACCUCGCCGCCGCACUUAAGCUCUUCUCUCGCAACUGGCACGCACACUCAACCUUCGAGGUUGCUCCUCCACGUCCCCUUGAAGAUGACGAGUUAGUGAUGUGUCAGGAGGAGACAGCUCCAAAGGGAUCUCUUUCACAUGGUGCGUUAUCCCGUUCAAGUCCUCGGGAUGUUUGUUACCACCUCCUGCGGUUGGCCUCCCGUCCAUGGCACAGCCUUGAACGCACCCUAGAUCCAGGCAGCAUUCGCCAACGUUGUGGAGACCUUUUGGCCGGCACUGAUUGGCCAUCGGCUUGGCACCUUUGGCGCGUACUUGUUUCCCUUGGUCUCUCUUCCCUCAAUCCCAUAGCUACAUCGCGUCUCCAUGUGGAAUUCGCGAGCCACUUGGAGGCUUGUGGGCUCUGGGAAUGGGCAGUGUUUGUGUUGAUGCAUGAGGCGGAGCCGCGAGUUCGUGCUGCCUCUGUGAAACAGCUACUUGCGCGACACGUGACUUUACAACGUCCUCUGCGAUCACCUCAUGGUGACUGGAGACUGGACCAGGAAUCAGUUGGCCGAUACAGCCGCGCGGAAUUGUUUAUUAUGCAAAAGUUUGGAGUAUCCGUAAAGUGGUUCCAUGAAGCAAAGGCUUGUCUUGCUCGGUCUCUAAAUGCUGCCCAAUUGUCGUCCUCCAACCCCGAUAACUACAAAUUACUUUCUAUUCUUGAAGCCUCUCACUGGUUGGCUUCAGGCCACGUGGAGUCUGCACAUGGUGUUUACAUGAGGCACAUUCUUCCCAAUAUGCUGCUUCGUUAUAAUACUGACGCGGUUUCAUCGAUAUUGGCUGGUACACGUUGCAAAUCUGGGCGUUCCGCGUCGCUCGCGACUAAAUUGCUGACUAUCUUACAACUCUUUGCAGAUAUUUCUCGAGAGCAUCUCCCAGUCUCUUUUGACUUAGGGGCUGGAAUUUACUUGAUGUAUGGGCGGAUCCUGCAUUUAGCUCAUCGGCUGAACCUCUGCAAAAAUGGUGGGAUUGGGGCCGCGGACGAGGACUGCAGAGAAGACACGAAGACGGAAGCGUCUCCAUCUACCGUUUCUGAGAUACUUGCGGAUCUGCAAGCGAGCGCUCAACACAUGGUUGAUUUGCUUCAGAGUAUGCCCACGCAUUCAAUUCAAGAACGAAUCGUUAAAUCUGAGAUGGCAAUGACAGUUUUCCGCCUAAUUUCAUCCUCACUUCACCCUCAAACUACCAAUGAGAUUGGUGAGCAGGCUGCUGAGGAGUCGUUAACAGUUGAUGACAGCGAUAUGAGCUUGCUUCUUUGUCAGCGGUUGAAUUUGGUCGCCAGUAUUGGAUUGCCUGUCGAGAUGAAAUUAGCCGAACUCGAGACUCUAUCAGCUGAGAGCUUGGCCAGAAAAAUGUUGGGAUCAGCAGUCGGCAGAUUUUAUACCGCCUUCUCCAGACAUUCUUCACGUUUAUUUUCUGUUCGUUCCUCUAUUUCCAAGAAGGAAUUCGAGUCUCGACGAAAAAAAUUUGCAGAGAUGGUUGGCCGAUUCCGUCCAUCUUUGCAUGUGACUUCUUCACGCCACUUGGUCAUUGUCCCUGCGGCGGAGCCCCAGUAUAGUUCUCUUCAUGUCCCUUACCCCUUUCGUCAGGAUUCGUACUUCCGGUACUUAACUGGACUCUCGGACCCUAAUGCCGUACUUGUUUUGGAGGUUUCUUCAAUGUCAUCCUUGCCAUCGAAAUUCGGUGGCACCGUGAUCUUCAUCCCCAGGCUUUUCGUCGAAGAAUUGAGUGCACAUGACGAGCUUUGGGAUGGACCGGCCCUGGGAGUUGAUGGAGCUGCCAGGAUCACUGGGAUCCAGGACACGAUGCCCCUUGAUUUACUCCCAGAAUACCUAAGAUCAACCAUGAUUCAGCUCUCUGCUCCUUCAAACUUUAUCUGGUUCAGCCCUCCUUUCACUAUCCGAUCGGAGAAAAAAAUCCCACUGAACCAUACUAUUUUCUCUUUAGUAAUGGAAAAAUUUUCUGAGAGCCAAUUAAUUCAGUCGCAAUUAAAAAACCCAAAUCCCUUGGUGGAUGAGCUGAGACUAAUUAAAUCACCAUCCGAAUUGUCUUUAAUGCGCCAAGCCGUGGAAGUAACAUCUAAAGUGUUAAAAUGUGCUAUGGCGUCAGCUUACCCAGGAAUGAGGGAAGCGAAUUUGGCAGCAAGGCUGGAAUUUGAGUCCAAAUUAUUGGGAAGCAACCUUGGUUAUCCAGCUGUCGUUGCAGGUGGCCCCCGAGCCAACAUCAUUCAUUAUUUAAAAAAUGCUGAAUCUGUGGAGGAUGGUCAGUUGGUUCUAACGGAUGUCGGUUGUGAAAUUGAGGGAUAUACCGCGGAUGUGUCUCGGACGUGGCCUAUAAACGUACAAACUGAUUGCCAAAGAGCCGCUAAUCCAGAUACAAGCCUUGAAAAGCUCUACAUCUUGAUGCUACGUCAAUUGUCGACUUAUCUUUGCGAAGAGAAUGUUCUCAAAUUAAGCGAAAAUGUUUCUGAGCAGGUUUGCCGUUACGUUUGCCCUCACCAUGUUGGCCACUAUCUCGGUCUCGACGUCCAUGAUACGGCGAGCAUUCCGUAUAGCCGCAAAUUUGAGCCCGGCAUGGUCUUUCCACUGGAACCUGGAAUAUACUUCCCAGUAGAUGGCAGAAACUUAUCUGUACCCAAGGAAUUUCGUGGCAUGGGAUUGCGACUAGAAGAUGAUUUUGUUUUCACCGUCGAUAAUAAAGCUGAGAAACUAAGCGAUUGUCUGCCCGUUAAGACUUCCGAAAUAGAGACUCUUGUUGGUUGA